AGCUUUUGAGAAAAGUGUUCUCUUUUUCUCUCUCUUUUUCUCUCAUAGCUACCACCCUCUUCCAUUUUUCUAUUUACCUUGGCAAUGCAAAGCUGUUCAAGAGUUUUCUCUCUAUCAUCUCAUGCUCAACAUCAUCUUUUCACACACCCUUCAAUGUUAUCUUCUUCUUCUAAGCAGCACCGGCAACUGAAAACUUCAACCACGUGCUCUGCUUCUGAUAGGUGACAAGUUUUGGAUAUUGAAAUACUGAAAACGUUGUGAUGACUAUUGGAUAGUGGAAUCUAGUGGUGAACCUUAGCAUCUGAGUUCUUGGCAAUACAAUGUUUGUUAUAUAAUUAUUUUGAAAAAAAAACUAUAGAAACUUCAUUAGGAUAUUUUGUGGACAACCUGUGACUUGUGAGAUUUAUAUAUUCCAAAAUGGGUUGUGUUUGGUCAAGUAUUGAUGAGGAUGAGAAGGUUGGUAGGUGCAAGGAAAGGAAGAGGUUAAUGAAACAGUUGGUGAAAAUUAGAGGGGAUUAUUCUGAUUCCUUAUUGGCUUAUUUGAAAUCACUGAGAAACACUGGUGCCACUUUGAGGCAAUUCACUGAGUCUGAUACAAUUGAAUUUGAAACUGCCUCUAAUGGCAUAGCUGAGCCAUCUUCUUCAUCUCCCAAUCAGCCUGCAGACAAGCUGCUACCACCGCCACUGCCUCCUUUUCUCACUGAUAAGAGUAUGGUGCACGAAGAUGAGAUACUAGAGACAGAUGACACCAAUGUUCCUCCACUGCAAAUUGAUCCAAGUUUGAGUUCAUUACGGCUGUAUCGAUGCCCUGAUAGAAACGAAAUGAUGGAACCAGUGGAGGAGGAUAAUUGGGAAGAAACCAAAACAGAAUUUGAGGAUGAAGAUGCAGAAGCUGCUGUAAUUGCUGAAAAAUUGCGUAGGGGAAAGCAGCAGUUGAUAGAAACAGUUGAUGAAAAUUCCUCUGCAAUAAGUUUGUAUAGAAAAGAUGCUACAGCUAUGCCUGAUACAGUUUCUAGAAGAGGGAAAACGUUGGAGGGUAUAGGUAAGGAGUUGGAUGACCAAUUCUUGAAAGCAUCUGGAUGUAUAAAGGAAAUUGCUGUUCUUAUUGAUAUCAGUGGAGGAGAUACUCUUCUGCGACAGAAUUCUGGGCGUCAUGAUAGGAAGAGAGGCAAUUCUGCAAAGGUCUUCAGUGUACUGUCAUGGAGUAGGCAUUCAAAAUCACCACCAUCCACCAAAGAUUGUGCUGAAUUUUCUGGUCAUAGUGAACCAUGCAAGCCUGGAGCUCAUUGUGCCACACUUAAAAAAUUAUACGCGGCAGAGAAGAAACUGUUCGAGGCAGUAAAGGAAGAGGGAAUUGUUGCCUUGGAGUUUGAUAGAAAGAUGUCAUUAUUGCAAAAACAAGAAGACGAGAACCUUGACAUGGUGAAAAUUGACAAAACUCGAUCAUGUGUUGAGAAGUUGGAGUCUGAUUUAAUAAGCCUACGGCAGUGCAUCAGUGACACAACUUCAUCAAUUUUGGAAAUGAUAGAUGAGGAGCUUUUACCCCAGCUGGUUGCAUUAACUGCAGGGUUGGCACAAAUGUGGAGAACAAUGCACGAGGCACACGAAGAACAAACACUCAUCUCCCAGCAGUUGAGUAACCUCAGUGAUAGUCACAACACGAUACUAAAUUCUGAAUAUCAUCACCAGGCUACAAUUCAAUUCCAGACUGAGGCCUCUUAUUGGUAUAGCAGCUUUUGCAAACUUGUUAAAUCUCAACGGGAGUAUGUGAGGAUCCUCCAUGAAUGGAUUAAGCUUACCGACAGCCUCAGGGAUGGUCAAGAAAGUAGCAAUCAUUCUUCUGUUCUAACCAUUUGUGAACAGUGGGAGCACGGGCUUAACGACUUACCAGAAACGGCGACAUCUGAUGCAAUAAAAGGCCUUUUGUCAUGCAUCCGUUCCAUAACUUCUCAGCAGACAGAGGAACACAACAUUCUGAAAAAGUUAGAUAAACUUGAAAGGAAAUUCCAAAAAUGUAUGAACAGCUUGGCUGAGAUGCAGCAGAGAAUAGAUGGAGAUAUAGCUGAUACAAGCCCCAGACAUCCAAUACAUGUUAAGAAAACUGAAACAGAGGAAAUUAAGAAGCAAGUGGAGAAUGAGAGAGCAAAUUAUCUGGAUGCUGUUCGGUAUAGUAGGGCAAUGACCCUUGAUCAGCUACAAACUGCACUUCCCCCACUCUUCCAGUUACUGAUGGAAUUUUCAAGUGCUUCAUCCCAUGCUAUUGAGUUUAUCAAUGCCCCCACUGAAGCCAUUUGAGUAGAUUGCAGGAAUACUGCACCUCAUAACUUUUUUAUUACUGUCUGGUGCUUUGGAUAGCAUGAACAGAAGAAUAUAUAUAUAUAUAUAUAUAUAUAUAUAUAUAUAUAUAUAUAUAUAUAUAUAUAUAUAUAUAUGUAUUGUAAAUUGUGUUCUUGUCAGUUUGUGAACUGACACAAAAUUGUGUUGAGUCAUGGUUGAUGGUAUCAAAAUUAAACUCUUUUGUACA